AUGAAACUAACUAAAGCCCUGGUGAAGAUGAGAUUCAAGCAGAGUCACUUUGACUAUUCUCUGUUCACUAAAAGAAAAAAUAAUGACAUUGUGGUUGUCCUAGUGUAUGUAGAUGAUUUACUCAUCACUGGUACCAAUCCCAAUCAACUAAAUGAGAUAAGAAAUUAUCUGCAGACCAGGUUCAAGAUAAAAGAUCUUGGUGAGUUGAAGUUCUUCCUGGGGAUUGAAUUUGCAAGGUCUAAGGAAGGCAUAAGGAUGAAUCAGAGGAUGUAUGGCAUGGAAUUAAUCUCUGAAUCUGGCCUAGGUGGAGCAAAACCUGUUGGAACCCCGCUUGAAAUGAAUCAGAAACAAACUUCAACAGAGUAUGACAGCUGGAUGAAAACAAAUGCUGAGGAUGAGAUAUUCAGGGAUCCUAGUAGCUUUCAGAGGUUAGUUGGACGACUAUUAUAUCUCACCAUGACCAAACCUGACCUAUCCUUUACAGUGCAAGUUCUCAGUCAAUUCGUGCAUUGUCCAAAGGUGUCACACAUGAAAGUUACUCUCAGAGUGGUGAGGUACAUCAAAGCUGAACUUGGACUUGGCCUGUUUAUGCCUGCUAACAAUACAAACAAACUUACAACCUAUUGUGACUCAGAUUGGGGAGCUUUCCUACAAAUAAGAAGAUCAGUCACUAGCUACUUAGUCAAGUUUGGGAGUGUCCUUGUAUCAUGGAAGUCUAAGAAACAGGCUAUCUCCAGGAGCUCAGCAUAA